CUUAACAGAAACACGUUCACGAAAAAAACAGUAAUUUUCUGUUUCUGGAGCCGCUACCCCGCCAAAUCACCGAACGGUUGGUCACGUGGGCACCUCCGCUCAACAAAAAGUAAAUUGAAAAUCACUUGUCAGCUUUUAUUAAGCACUUCGAAUAUUUUAAGCGCCAAAAAGUUAUUGCGCCUAAUAUUUUUCCUCAGUAUUAAAAGCAUUAUAGAUUCCGCGGUCUGUACUUUUUCUGCGGUCCUGCAUUCACGCAUUGGCGCCAAGAACGUGAACAGCGGCGGUACCAGCGUGCUGCGUCGGGGAUUUUCACCGGACAGACUGUUCGCACACAAGGAAGAAUGGACUUGGAAAAGCAUAUUUCCAGCUGGCUGCCACACUUGGACAAUGAAGUGAUGCAACUUACUGUACAGAAACUGCUGGACUGUGGUGUUCAGUCGCUUGAGCACCUCAAGUAUGUAGUGGAAGCCGACCUAAUGUUCCUGAAUGUGGUCAGUAGACGCAUCCUGCUCGAAAAGUUCCAGACAGCUGCCUCACCAGCCGUGCAAGUGUCCAUACCAAAAGGAAGUGAAGCUUCUGUGAGCCUGUUGGGCCAGGCUUUUGAUAUUCCAUGGGACGCAUUUCCACCCGAACUCGUAAAAGCAUGUCAAGAGGGCAGGCGUCCACUGAAAAGUGAUCUGAAUGAAAUGGUUAGGACACUAAGUGACAGGGUGCUUGCCUGCCAUCAGAAGCCUGGGCGCAAAGUGCUGCGAGCCAUUGCGAGUGAAAUCGUCAGCAAGUUUCCAAGAACUUUUGAGGACACCCUCAACGGCACCGUCAUUGCUACAGGAUUAGAAACGCUUCUAUGGAAGCUGGAGAAUUGCAUUAAUAACAAGAGAAGGCGCAGUUCUGAGUGUUUGAAGCGGUGUGUUUCAGAAGAUGAAGAAGAGUUCACCACAAAAAAGCCACAACUCCAAAAAGAUUCUUAUGGCUGUGUAGCCUGGCAGCCUGAUCUUCCGUCCAUGGAAACAGCUGAAACUCAAGAGAAGAAAAGAGAAGAGUUGCAAGCCCAAUUUAGGCUAGCUUCCCCAAACAGUUCUCGAGUCACACAACUAAUGGCUGAAACAUAUUCGUCACAGAGGCAGUUGAUCAAUGCCAGCAGAAGCGUGCUGUACGUGAAGGAAAACUGGCCUUUCCUCUUUGAAGAAAUGCACAUGUGUUUUUAG